AUGCGCCAAUUCCGCAGCUAUAACGCUGCCAAUCUCCUCACUCUCUUUCUCGGCGCAAAAGCUGCCGCAGAGUCCACCUGGCCCCAGCAGACCUUCCGCAGUACUUCUAUCCAAGCACCACAUCUGAACGUCACCAAGAAUGGCAAAACAGAGCUAGGCCACCUCUUCUUCUCCCCAUCUUCCUCAACAAUGGAAUGGAGCUACCCAGCCAUUUACUCCGACGAUGGCCAGCUUGUAUGGCAGGGCCCCAAUGCCAACACGUCCGCCUACCAGCCCCAAAUGCUGGACGGCGAACCAGUCCUAGCCUACUGGCAGGGCGCCAACUACCAAGGCUAUGGCUUUGGAGCAAUCAGCAUCCUCAACGCCUCCUACCAGGAGAUCCACCGCAUAACACUGCCUGGGACUGAGCAGCACUUCGUCACCACCGCCGACCCCGAAACCUUCCCCUCCUACAUCGACAUCCACGAAAGCCAGAUCACAUCAGACGGCACCAUCCUCGUAACAGCCGUGAACGUCACCCAAUUCGACCUCUCCCCCAUCGGCGGCCCUAAAGACGGCUGGGUACAGGACGGCCUGUUCUACGAAAUCGACAUCAAGACCAACAAAGUCCUCUUCCGCUGGAGCACAGUCGAACACCUGUCCGAGAUCCCCCUAACAGACACCGAACUCCCACUCCUAGGAUCAGGUACCAGCAAGUCCGACCCCUACGAAUACCCUCACCUCAACUCUGUAGCCAAAUACGGGGACUCCUACCUCCUCUCCUCCCGCUUCCUGUGCAGCAUCUUCCUCCUCGACAAAAACGGCAACGUAACCUGGCAACUUCACGGCCAAAAAGGCGCCUCCUUCACCCUUACCCCCGGCAGCAGCUUCUGCUACCAACACGACCCCCGCUUCGUCAACUACUCCCCCAACGCAACUUCCCUAACCCUGCACCUACACAACAACGAGAACGCCAACGUCUUCACCUCCCCCACAACCAUCACCACAGGUCUAACCCUCACCCUGGACAUGCAAAAUCGCACCAUAACUCCCGUCCGCAAGCUCUGGAACUCCGACGCUCCCCUCUUUGCCGUAAGCCAGGGUAGCUUCCAGCCUCUUCCGAACGGGCACGUGCUGCUCCAGCACGGCGCGAUGCCGGUGCUCGAGGAAUACGAUGAGAACGGGGCGCUGGUGAUGAACGCGCGGUUUGGAUUCGAUGAGUCGACGCAGUCGUACCGUGGAUAUCGGUUCCGCGAGUGGGUUGGGAAGCCGACGACGAGGCCGGAGGCGGUGGCUUGUCGGGAGGGGGGAAGUGAUGCGGUGGUUGUCUAUGUGAGUUGGAAUGGGGCGACUGAUGUGAGGGGAUGGAAAGUACGGAUGGGGGAUGAGUUGGCCGUUGUGGGGGAUGUGAGGGACAAGAAUGGCUUUGAGACGAGGAUUGUGCUUGAGGGGGUGGAGGGGAGGGAUGGGGAGAAGGUUGUUGUGCAGGCUGUUGGAGGGGUUGGGGAUGGUGUGCAGUCGGAGGUUGUUAAGGUUGGGGAGGGGUGUUGA